CUGCAGCGAAAUAAUAAAAGUUGUAAAGCUACCAAGACUACAUAUACGGAGCGACAAACUCACGUUCAUACAAGAUGUUUGUUGCCGCGCGUCAACAUACAAACAUCACCAGGACGCGUCCAGGUUGAUGUGUGGCUCCCUCAAAUAGCUGGCGCGGAGGCGGGGAGCACGAAGUAGAAUCUCUUCAACACCACGUCCCUGCUGCAAGAGGGUCGUCCUCGUGAUCGGAGCGGCUGCAGCGGCUGCAUUCUUGCACGACAGCCAAAGCGGCCGGAGCGGCUGCACUCUUGCACGACACACACAUCAAAGAAAAUAUCUACUACAACCACCUCAGUACAACUGCGCCGGUUGUCGCCGACAAAGAUUCUCCGAGAAAGAAUCUCAAUCUGUACAACAGUCGACCACGCGACGUCCUCACAUCUCCCUCGGACCAUGACGGGUGGACUUCUUGGGUCGAGGAAGAUGGACAAGGACAACAAAAGGCCACUGCCGGUGACCCCUGCCCAGCACUCCCGCGGAACAAGCGGCGGAACGACCUGGGGUCGGAGCACCGCAUCCACAUCCUCCGGAACCAGAAGUCGCCCUAGAAGCUCGACCACUACUUCCACUUCAUGCUGCGGCCGCUGUUGGUGGUCCAGAAAGAACUACAUCGUCAAGAACACCAAGACGGCUCGGCUCCUUUCCUCUUCUAUCACCCUGCAGGUGUUCUUUCUCCUGCAGUCGUUCUAUCUGGUUCAGCAUGCGGAUCUUGUACACGGAAGACGACGCAUGCUGCGUCACGAGAACGACCGGGGGAAAGCAAAAGAGGAAAUUGGGUACGAGUUCCGCGUAUCCUGUGCACAAGCAUCGUACUCGUAGUAAUCGCAGUUAUGCAUAACAAAUCGCCUCCCUAAGCUAAAACAGCAUGACAAAUUCCAUUCGUCAUGCUAAGGAAAUUUGGAAAUGCGAUUUAUACUUCUAGUACGAUGCUUUUGUAUUUCAUACCACGAGAAGAGCGACCUCUUCCCGCUAGGCAAGGUGGUUGCAGGUUUGUGGUCUUGGGUUUUCGGCUCGGGUACUUCUACGGUGGAGGAAAUGUACGGUUUUAAUGUUUCUACGAACGGCACGGGCACCAACGCGACCCCAAGCAACAGCACGGCGCCGAAUGAUACAAGUACGAACAUUUCUUCCAACGACACGACAGGGCCCAUGGUUGGCGCUACAGCGAGCGGGGACUACAUAGCGGCUGUUGGCGCCAACAAUUUGGCAACUAGUCCGACGUACGCUGGUGCUACUACCAAUGCCGGUCAUCUUCCGAAGAACGCGGGCAUCUUCACUGCUGGGAACAUGACGAGUGGAGGUCGGACCAAUGGUACCAUGAUGCCUCUCGCCGCGAGCAGCAGUACAAACAUCACAACCCCGGCGGUUUGGGGCGAGCAAGAUGCCAUUCGUCGUGCGACGAACAAUAGUACUGGCGCCACUUCCAAUUGGACCACAACGUCGAAUCAUACCGCCAUCAAUUGGACCACCACGAUCAAUUGCACAUCCUCUACAGCGGCAGUGUCAGGUAUUUUCAGUGAAAUUCUGUACCAUUUUUUAUUUUUUCGACUCUCAGGUUGCUGCACUGCUACUGGUCAGCACGUCUUGAUGUUUGACGCGUUUGUUUUUAUUUUUUCAGUGCGCGGUGCUGGCAUUUGCAUUUUGAUUUUUUCGUUGCAAAUAUGAAUCGGUAUGUUCCGAACUGAGGCACUAGAUCAAAACUGUUAUUGAAGAAAUCCUACGUUCUUGAACAGGGCCGGAUCCGGCCCCGCCGCAAGACGAUGGCUAUCUGUCCUGGGUUGGCGUAAAUCUGGUAAAAACGAGCAGCAACACGAGCGUCACACAUGAUCAACAUCCGGAAGAUAUGAAGAUUCUCACGACGGACACCACUGCAACACCAUUACCACUUGUCGUGACCUCCGGGGAACAGCAAAUGCGGGAGGAAGCUGCGAACACAACAAUGGUGGUGACGCUGAACAAACUACACCGUGACCACGAGCAGUCGUUCACAACGCCAACGAAUUCAACUUCCCCAAACACGAGUGCUGCUGCGACAGACGAGACGGUGGGAAAAUCAGCGACGAAACGGCACGCGUCUCUGUUGCCCAUCAUGACAAAAGAAGUUGAAGAUCCUGAAGUUGAAGUUCCUGUGGUACUACGAGAUGCUUCUGUUUUAAGCAGCGAAGUAGAAGAGACACCUGCCUCCACGCAAGAAAACUCGGGUCUGGAUGAGGACCACUCUGUCAGUGAAGACAUCGACAAACCGAGGCCGGUCGGGGACGAAUCUUCGCAUUAUUUGUCCACGCAGGCAAAACUGUUCGAAACAUCUUCUGUCUUCCCCAAAAAUCUCCCUGAUGUACCAAAUUCCACGUCGUCCAGUGCUUCAGUGGACGAAUUUCGCUUCAUUUCGCCGCACCAUGUUGUCUCACAACAAGAUGAGGAAUCGAUUUACUCCUUCCUCGAGUUGAGCCAGGAACUAAAUCAUCACAACGUGGUUGCUGCAGAAGAAGAUGCUGCGGUAGCAGGACGACAGGAGGGUGUGAAGACCGGUCUUCCACCUGCUGAUGCUUCUGUUCGUGCUGGUUUAGACUACGUUCCUAGCAAAAAACAAAAAUCGAAAACGAGCGCAGCUUCCAAACUUCCACUGCCGUUACAUGACGAAUCGCCAGCGACCGCGGGAAAUGCAGAAGAUGAACACCCGAUCGAAGAUCCAGAAGAGUUUGACGCCACCUCUGCGCUGUCACAAAGCGGGGCGGAAAUUUUCGCGGGGGAGAAGCACGUCGAACAAGGAGGACACUCUGGUGAGCGGUCGGAGUACCAUACAACUGGAGCAACAGCAUCCGAAAAUGGAGCUUCCGACAGCGUCGCAGGCGCGGCUGCACAUGAUCAGUCGCAAGAAGAUGAAGCCGGGCAGAACGUCGUCGGGGUGGAAAGUAUUUCGUCUCUGGACGAGCAUGCCGAGCUUCCUCCUAGAAGUGACGGUCAUGCUGGUGAAGCUGCAGAAGGGAAGAACGCGGAAUCGGACGGUAGUGCUGUGAUUGAAGAACCGAAGGACCACGACCACGACGACGAGAAAACUGGCUUUAUUACCCCUGCUUCGGAAGGGAAAGAAGAAACUACCGUGCCCGGCGGAGAACGGGUGGAACGAGGUGCGGCGGAGAAGAUGCAGGAGCAAACGAAAGGCGAAGUGGUGGUGGAGCGUAGCAGCUCGUCCGCAGUUGAGGUGAAACCUGCAGCACUUAGUGUGGCGCCUCCUCCCGGCGGUCCUGGCAUAUCGAGUCUCGUCUGGGGUGUGGGGGGUGGUUCUGCUCCCCGGCCUGCUUAUGCCGAGUCUCGGGGUGAAGCACUUCCACUUUCUCCGACAACCGGCGGUGCUGCUGCGCUUGGCGUAGUUACUGGCGCUGCAUCCCUAGGGCUAGGACAUGCACGUGUACGAGAUCCAGACCGAACGCGAACACGUGUUGUACGUGUACGGGGUGGCCCGGGAGGUGCAGACGCCAGUGGCGAAGGUGGACGUGGAGGAGGCGGCGGUGGUCCCCCCGUAGGAACUGCUGGCGGUACCCCCGAUUCUCAUGAAGGUUCUGGUCCUCUCGCAGAUGAAGACCCCAAUGCUGUGGUGCUCUUUCUGGGCUACGUGGAUUUUGUACUUUCCGAACUCGCGGAACAGCUCCUCGUCGAACUCAAAAUCCACGAAGCGGAGGAAGACGGGAGGAAACCCGAUUCUUCAUCAUCUCUGGAUGCUGCAGAAUCGACGCCCGCCACGGUAUCCAAAUCAUACACGUGCUCAGACCUGCUCGAGGUCGUGGAAUGGUGCUGGGGAUCUUUUCUAUGCAAAAAAUCAAUUUGGGUGUUCGGGCAUUCACGGUUUGCAUGCCCGGAGUCACUAUGUUCGUGUUCGAUGGAGGUCUUCCUCUUCAAUUGUUUCUAUCGACUUGGCAAUGUUAGUGUUACAGUAGAAAUAAAAGUACUUACUUAACAAAGUACUUCAUCAACACGCGGUGUGCUUCGACGUGUAGUUGAUGUAUCCAUUAUCCGUGUUCAAUCACUGUACUAGCUGUAGCUGUACCUGGAAGCCGGGUCUAUGUACAAUGCAGGUGUGUGUCGAGAUUGGUGAUCAGCAUGACGAUUACUUGGUUGCAUGAAGAGCUGCGCGCCAUUCUUCGCUUCCUGUCUUUCAGUGCAGAAGGGCGAGAUGCAGCUCGGGAGGCACUUAAAUACCACACGUCUCCCCUUGUUGUGCGGGUCUGAGCAUAUUUCUGUUGGAUACUGGGACACCGAGCUUGUUAAGGUCGUCGAACUAAGUAUCAGGCUGAAAAAUGUUAAUGUUUUCCUUGUGCAGUUUCGGUAGAGACUUCUGCAUUUUUUGUGGGUACGACUACCAAGAAAGAAAAUUGUAGGCAAGCCCAUCUUUGCGUGCGAGAUUCACCAGCCCCGACCUGCUGUGGAUGGGGGCUUUCUAAAGGCGCCCACCGCUUGUGCACGUAGGUUCGUUGCAUGAUGACGGUCGCGCAGCUGAUCAGGCCAUAAAUUGCUAUAUCUAAUGAACAAUUCAUGCUGGCAGACAGCUAAAGUCAUUCAGCUAAAGUCAAUACUGUGAAAAAAGCUCGGCGGGCUUCUUUUUCUACCUGAUACUCAAGGGCCCAUCGGACAAACCAGUCACAGUCGUAGCCGCGACCGGAACGGUAGCUGCGAGGGACAUGGCGGCAGCAUUGUGGUAUGCAUUGCAAGUCUGUCUGGGUCUGGAACAGGGCAACUUGUGAUGCUGAGUCCGAAGUAGCCAAAAAUCUGUCUUGCAAAGAGAGCAAAAAGUGUGCGCUUUUUGUUUCUUGAACAAGAGGGAACUUCUCAUGCAGGCUCGGCAUGGAAAUGCCUCAGCAGACCUUGUCAUGCUCUGCGUGCAGUCCAGUCCUUCUCCUUGUUCUUGCAGGUUCAAAAAAUACAUGAUCAUGACAUUCUUCCAGACCCAGACAUAUUUGCAGUUGAUAUCCGGUACGCGAUGACGAUUGAAAAGGAUUGGGUACAGAGUAUCGCGGGCAGCAUCGACCUGAUCGUGGAGCGCCUCAAAAAUCUCGAUCGGAAAUACCCGAUGAUAGCCGCUGCGUUCGCCGCCACGGGUGCAGCGAGUCUGGUGCUGAUUCCGGGCGCCUCGGCUGCACUCGGUGCUGCAAUUGCAGCAGCACCAAAAGUCGCAGAGGUCGCACGGCAUGCCAAUGUAGCUGCACACAUUGGUCUCAUCGUGUCGAGGAUGAUUGCAAAACUACCCCAUGUACCGGGCUUCCCUGCCUGGACCGAUCUCCGAUCGAAGGUUCUUGCUCAGGCGGCGCGAAGAGACGCAGGGUUCACUACCAUACAGGAGGAGCUAAAGCUAGCAGCUGAUGAGCCAGAAUCUCCCGCUGCGUCAUCUACCACGACUGCGACGUUCACACUAGCGCUAGCAACUGGUGGCAGGACCAUUACGGAAUGGCUGGUCGACUCUUUGGUUCUUCCGGAUGAUUGGGGACUUGCGUUUCCUGUAUCGCUUGAGGCAAGUUUCCAGCCGCAUUGCUUCGCAGCUCACGCUCGGCUGCCCCCAAUCAUCGGCAAAACAACACCUGCUAUCGCGUUCAGCAUUUUCUUCCACACCGUCAUCGUAGAGAAGGUCUGGGACUUUUUCAUGGACGCGAUCGUAAAGGAGCGCAUCUUACACCCCCUGUACAAAUGGGGUGCCUGGGCGCUCCUUUCUGACGACACCGCGCAGGUUCUCUUCAAUCCCGACAGCGUCGUCUACCAAGACGAGGUGCGGGAGCUUGAUGACCUCAUUGAAAGACUGAAAGCGAAGGAUAUCGAACCUGAGGCAGCCUUGGAAUUCGCUGAAAAGAUACAUCAAAAGAAAGCCGCCAAACGCGAAGCGAAGAGCUCAUGGAGAACAUGGCUGGAGGAAAAGGUUUUUGAUUAUGGUCCAACAAAGGAAAGAGACCCGAACUACACUGCCUUACUGGGCAAAGUGUUGGAGGGACUGAAAAACGACCCGCAGACCCCAAAGGAAGCGAUUGGCGAGGACGUCCGCGAAGAUUCUCCAUCUACAUCACCCCGUGAAUUGCUUCGCGAAGAUCAGCUCUUAGGAAUGGGGAAACAGCCGCCGCAAAACUUCAAGAUGGUCGAGGCUCUGCCCCUAUCAAUUGCAAAUAUGUCUGGGUCUGGAAACUUGUGGCGCUGCUUGAGAAAAGCGAGGACGCCAACGCCUCCAUUGAGUGGCAAGCAUGACAGGUCUUGGGGGUGCUACAGUAUUGUCUUUUCUGCAUGGCACAGCGAGCUUUGUUUUGCAAGACAGAACAGUGGGGCUUUUGUGUAAUGCGCAGGACAGACUUGAGAGUCAGACGAGCAUGACAAGAAACCCUGGAUCUUUCCAGACCCAGCCAUUUUUGCAGUUGAUAGUCCCUUAGCUACUCUCCUGAAACGAGUCUCCCUCCUUCGUCGCCGUCGUCCAGCGCCGCUGAUUCGCCUUCAUCGUCGUCAGGAGGAACGAGUUCGACUUCAACCUUGACUCUCACAGAUAACGAUAAGCAGGUGCUGGACUCAAGAGUGGGUCCUUUCCUUGAAGAUGAAGGCGGGGCCGCAACCGAUCCCGCCGAGGGCGGCAGCUAUUCAGCUGCACAACUGGGAACUGCCGGCGCCACUGACGCAACCAAGAACACGAUGAUUGCACCAGCAGGGGGAUUUUCGCCCCGCGGGAAUGAACAAGAUGCCGCACGACUUGCAGUCAACACUGGCCUCGGACCGAAGGGGCCCACGACUUCCUCCGUUCUUGCAACUACAGCAAGUAGCAGCGGCCCUGUCGCGCAACUAGAAGAUCAUCAAUCUGGGUCCUCUUCUGGUGUAGUGCUGCCGGACCCGCUGCCCGGUAGAAGGAGUGCCCCAACUACAAAGGAGCUGCGCCACGACAGUUUGUCGCAGACGUCGUCGCCCGCAACACCGGCGCAACUCGGUGCAGAGCAUGCCAAUGUGCAGCAUGCGGCGGCUGCGCCCCGUAGUAGCGAACUAGGACGAGCUUCGGAGUGGCAAAAACGGCAGAUCAUGAUCGAGAACACCCAACAGGAUUACAACACGAAGCUCGGAAGAAUCGACGCAGCAAGCACUGUAUGCAUUGCAAAUAUGUCUGGGUCUGGAAAAGUGCAUUUGUUUUUCAUGCAUCUACUUCUGCCACACCCACAGGUGGGUGGUCUGGAUCUGAAAUACACGCGAAGAUACGCUUACAGGUUUCGGAUGAGAAAUUCGUAUAUUUGUACAGCAAAAAGUGGGCGCCAGCGUUUCUUGGCAGUCGUCAUACAAUAGUACAGAUGUCUUUGCCUCCUGCUCAGUAUGAGUUAGCGCCGCAAUUUGGAAGUGGAACAAAGCUUCCCGACCCAAACACAUUUGCAAUGCAGACACCGAAGAUAGCCCCCCGGCAGGAGCAGGACGACAACCCCCCGUCGCCGACCGUGGCACGACGAGGAACCAAGAAAACCCCGAUGACUCCCACCUACCCGGACAGCAGACGGCCACUGCUACGGAGCAGCAGCCUGUGGGAGACCUGACGCGGCACCCGCACGAGGACGACGGGGACCCCACGAAACUGGACACGCAGUCAGCCACAACUGCGCUGGACACGACCGUCGUCCCGGACACGAGCAAACAAGGCAAGAUCUUCGGACCAGUAGGAAUCGGGCCGCCCCACGGGGAGGACAUCAAUGCUGCACCUCUUCCCGCUGAUCUUGUAGCACUCGGACGACCAAAUGAACAAUCAUCUUCCGCAAAAGCUACAGCAACAACGACUGCGGCCGCGAGGUGGACCCCGACUGCUUCAAUGCCAGAUGAACAGGAGGAAUCCGCAGGGACCGACGGCGAUCAGGAAGGGAGACCCAACGUCCUCGGGUCGUGAUUCCUCUGGAGAAAUACAACGAAAAAUGAAAAGGAACGUACUAAAGGAGACACCGUGCAAGAACUCUCUUGAGAAUACAGCCCCAGUUCGUCGAACUUUUCAGGUGCAGUAUCUUUGUCUGCGUUGAUUCUUAACAGACAAGUAGAACGUGUAUAAUCUAUACCAUCAUGUAACAACCCUAUGUAUCAAACAACCCAAGAAGACUAUAAAACCCUUCUACGCUGAUAGGAAAUACAGCGGACCAAAUUGAGAUUUUGCAAAAAGUAUCUAUCAAAUGCACCAAAAAAUCGGCAUGCGUACUAUUGUAUGUACUUUAUUUGAAGCGCUGAGCAUGAAACUCCUUGUAUUAUGUCGGUGUAAAGAAGAAGUAUCCUUCCUAUCUCAAGACCGUCAUGACGAUGGUAGCGGUACAGGCCACGGAAGUUGGUGGUCUUGCUUAAAAAUCCGAUUCGCCUUGUUCCUCCCAAAACCAAAGAGCAGACACGAUCGAUAAAUUCGACGAAAGAACAGGUAAAAAGCUGCCUCUAGCUGAUGUACUACAUGUACUGUGUG